AUGCCCCUCCCAUUAUUGAGACCUAUCGACUUUGGAAAUAAACCACUUUUCAACGGCAGGGAACGUGUGAACGGAGGUUUCCCGUUCCCAGAGUGGAGUACCCCCGGCCCGUCCAUGGACCCCCCUGUGACACAUGUCUCCGAGAAGGACAACUCGUGGCUGUACACCCUGGAUCCUAUCCUGGUCACCAUCAUCGUCAUGUCUUCCCUGGGCGUACUGCUGGGGGCGGUGUGUGGCGGCCUGCUGCUCUACUGCACCUGCUACUACAGCGGCCUGUCGUCACGGAGCUCCACCACAUUGGAGGACUACAACUUUGAGCUGUACGACGGGAUCAAACACAAGGUGAAGAUCAACCAGCAACGCUGCUGCUCCGAGGCCUAGGACGCUUUUUUCCUCCACCGGAAGGCCUAGUCCUUCAAACCCUUGGGCUGUUCCAACCCAAAGACAUGCUUAAUGCUUGAUGACACCGACAUACAGACAGAUACACCCGCUAGACCCUA